AAAAACUUUUCUUUUUAUAAAUCGUUUUGGGAUGAUAGUGACAGUUUUAUUUCCUUCAGCAAUUAGGACAUAUCAAAAAAACAGACGGUAAGUUAUGUUCUUCGGUUUCCCCUAUUUUUGGUAAAAUGAAUCUAACUUUCCUAGAAAUUGUCAGUUUAACCACAAAUGUGGAAACCGUAAUAAGAAAAGAAUAUCGUAAUAAGAAAAUUGGAAAAAUGACAAAGUCUUCAAAAACAAAGAAAUAUAUAAAAAAAGGAAAAACCGUUUCCCAUAAUAAUUCUUGUUUUUUUCUCUCUUUUUUUUGUUGAAACUUAAUAUGUUUUUUUCUUUUCUUCUCUUCAUUUUCUUUUCAAAACCUUUGUGAUGAUCACAACCAAAUUCUCAUUCCAUUGAAAGAAAACAAAACAAAGAAGAGAACUAUGGCGUUGCAAAGAUCGACCACGUCGUUCAGGAGACAAGGAUCAUCGGGACUCAUCUGGAACGACAGAUUCUUGAGCGGAGAAAUCCGUAACGAUGAAAGAAAAGAAGACCGACGUAACGAUCAUCGAGACGGUUCAAUGGCUGCCACCACGGCAACAGUGAAACGUAGCGCAUCUGAUGGAGGACGUAGCAACGGUGGACGGUUGGAGAUUUCUCCAACUUUGGAUCCACCUUCCCCUGAAAUAUCUGCUGGCUGUGGCUUCUGUUCUAUGUUUUCGUCUAAUCGAAGAAGGAGACGCAGAGGAAGAUCAUCAAGCGCUGGAAGUUCAUAAAACCCUUGAUAUAUACAAUGGAUAAUAAUUGGAUAUGCAUAUAUUAUUAUAAUUAUAUUAGGGUUGUUUGUGUGUUCUUCUUUUCAUUAUGUGAAAGUUUCGAGAUCAUGAUGGAUAACAAAGCGAAGGUUUUGCUUUUUUGUUUUAUGACAUGAUGUUUGAAGAGAGAGUGCUUGUUAUAGAUUUGAUAUUUUCAGUGCUUGUGUGUUUGUGAAACAUUUCAUAACAAAAAACGUCAAUUACAAAGCCAUUUCGGCCAGCCAACGUGUUGAUAUAUUUCAACAUUCAUCAAAAGAGAUCUUGUUAUUAAUUAAUUUGCGAUUGGAAAUAUUUUUUUCACCAGGUUUCCAUAUGUUGCCAUACGGUUUCAAUAUUCCCAAGUAAAAGGAGUUCUUUUGGUGCAAAUUCUUUAAUUUGGAACUAGUCAUUGUGCUAAAAGUCGGAGACCAAUAUAUGUUUGAAUGGUAUUACUAAAUUCUAGUGUCUGUAUGUCUAGCUUUCUUGUUUUGAAAAAUUCAUGAACGAAAGAAAAAAUGAGAAAGAUAGAACUUGAGAAGAGCAUGUUCGAUGUGAUCACUUAUAUUGAGCCUUGUACACCACCAAAGUCUCGUUCCUAGUAUAACCUUUAUACAACGAAGAGUAGAAGAAAUCAAAUAUAGUUUUCAUUCAAAAAAAAAGAAAUCAAAUAUAGUAGUAAGGCUUGUCUAUGCUACACGGAGCUCUGAUCCUUCCUACAAAAAGGAUUCGUCUCCUAGUAGCUAGCUAGUAGUAUCCUUAGCUCCUUAUUUUAAGCUACACUCUUGGACAUUUAAGUCUUGAGUGGUAUGUCAAAUAAAUAGUAGAAUACAUAAUGCAAUUCAACCUUUUUAGCAGAAUAAACUGGACCGUAUACAAAAAUUCAUAGAAUAACUUUUUAUAUUCCAAAAUCUUAAAUCACAUUACUCAGGUUUUGAACCCUAUUUCAAUCUUCGAAGGAAUACAUUUUCCGAGAGAUUUUUUUUGUGGGACGCAUGCACGCGUAUCAAUUAACACAUAAUCCAAACAAACUCGACCCACAAAUAGAACUAAGGCUUGUAUAGUUGUGCCAACGUUAUGAUAACAUAGUAAUAGUGAAUUUACAGUAGGCCUUUUGAAUAUGAUUGGUAUAAGUGACAUCCUAAAAAGAAAGAGAGGAAAAACAAUAUAUAAAAAAAAAGAGAAGAAGAGGAAAGAAAGAAAGAAAA